AUUAACAAAGACUUUUUUUCUACUUCUAAUAAUAUUUGUAUGCUUAUAAAAAUAUUCAAAUUUUCAAUUCUAGAUUAGCCAGUGAAAGAUAAACAGAUCUCAAUAAUUAAACAAGAAUCUGAUCUAAUAACAUCCGAGUCAUCAGCGAGCUUGACUCCAAAAUCAGUCUCCGAUUUUGAAAAUGAAUUAACACCGCAUAUUGCUCCUAAAAUUAACGUGAUGACACCAGAAUUAGUUGCUGCAUUAGAUCGAUCGAAUGUUUCUUGUAGAAAUGCCAUGUACAUUAUUUCUGCGACUCUGAAAAGCGUUGGAGUUGAUUUAAAUAGUGUAAACAUCAGUUACAAAACAAUUCAACGUAGCCGAAUAGCUUUGCGAAAAGAAAUUGCGAAGGGGUUAAAAGAUGAGUUAAAGUUUGAAGAUAAUUAUAUUGUGCACUAGGACGGGAAACUGUUGACAUCACGGGAACCGAUACUGUAAAUAGACUUCCAAUCGUUCUAACAUCAUGUAGUGGUGAACAAUUGUUGGGUGUGCCGAAGUUAAAAUCAGGAAGUGCCAAUGAUCAAGCAGUUGCUAUUCUUGAAACUCUUAAGCAGUGGGGUCUUAGUUCAUAUGUCAAAGGGAUGUGUUUUGAUACAGCAGCUGUUAAUACAGGAAUUCAUCAUGGGACUUGUGCUGAAAUAGAAAAAGCUUUCAGUCGAGAGUUGAUCCAUUUACCUUGUCGCUACCACAUCUUUGAACUCGUUUUGAAAGGUGUGUUUGAGGUAUAUUGGCCAACCUCAUCAGGCCCAAACGUUCAAUUCUUCUCUAGAUUUAAAAAUAAAUGGAAUGGCCUUAAUAAAUACAAUUUCAAGGCUGGAUGGAUGAUAGUACCGUUAAUGAAAUAUUUUCAAAUAGCAAACAAGCGUUAAUUAAUUUGAUUGAAGAAAAUUUACAGGUCCGUCAACCGAGAGAUGAUUAUAAAGAGUUGUUAGAGCUAUCACUGAUUUUUUUGGGUGAAAAGCCAAAAGAUAACUUUACGUUUAAAAAUCCAGGUCCAAUUCAUCAUGCUCGUUGGAUGUCAAAAGCCAUUUAUUCGUUAAAAAUUUUUCUUUUUAGAGAAGAAUUUAAUUUAACUAAGCAAGAAAUUAACGGUUUACGUCAAGUGUGUAUUUUUUUAGUAAAAAUAUAUUUAAAAGCUUGGUUUACUGCUCCAUGUACAAUUUUGGCACCACACAAUGAUCUGAUCUUCAUGCAAGACUUGAUUGAGUAUAAAACUGUAGACAGUGACGUAUCAAAAGCAGCUUGUUCAAAAAUGAUCAAUCACCUGUGGUAUUUGAGUGAACAGCUGGCAAUUAUUUCUCUGUUUGACGAUAAUGUGCCUCUACUCGUAAAGCAGAAGUGAUUUUAUCUUUGGAAAAAAAUCAAAUAAGCACUGAUCCAAAAAGAAGCGAUUUGAAAUUGAGCAAUAAAAUUUAGAUACGUUGUUAUCAGCAAACCUGAGUGAAUUUAUUUCAAAAAAAUCAUUGACUAUAUUUCAAAUUUUCGACUUACUUACUGAUUUCAUAGACAAAAAUGUUGAAUUUUGGACACAGGGUGAGCUAUCAAGAGAAUCUGACAUUUUUUAAACGGCUCAUCGUAGUUAAUGAUGUAGCGAAAAGAGGAGUUGCAUUAAUAGAAGAGUAUAACAAAUGUCUGACCAAAAAUAAAGAACAGUUGCAAUAUUUAUUGCAAGUAGUUAAAAUCACAGGCAAAAA